CAGCAGCAAAGUGACUGAUCUACACAGCGCAGUAACCAGUAAGGGAAGUGAAGAGCAGCUACGGUUUAAUUGUCUCAAGAUGUCUGCAGAUAUUUAUGCCACGCCAGAUGUGUCAAAGAAGGUGAGAUACAACAGAAAUGUGCAGGAAGACAAAGAAGAGUGGGAGGAGAGGGAGGUGGAAAUCUACUUGAAUGCAGACGCUAUCGGGGAUGAUCACUCUGAUAAUCAGCCACACGGAGGAGGACUGCACACUGAGAGGAAUCCUCCUGCUGUCCAAAGGAGGCCUUUCAGGGCUGCAGUACUCUGUCUGGCUGUUCUCUGCUUUCUGACAAUAACUGGAAUCAUCAUCCUUUCUACAUACCAUAAUCUAGUCGCUUUGGAGAAAGACCAGCUACACACCAGUUAUGAAAGGCUAACCUCUUAUAUUUCAGUCACUUUGCUGCAAAUCAAAUACAACCAAUUGAGCAGCAACUACAGCCAGAUCCAGAGGAAAGUUUCUGAGAAGCUGUGUCCUGACCGAUGGAAGAGAUCUGGAUGCAGUUGUUACUUUAAAUCUAAUGAGACGAAGACUUGGUUUGGAAGCAGAGCUGACUGUCAGCAGAGAGGAGCAGAUCUGGUCGUCAUAAACAACGAAGAGGAACAGAAGUUUGUCACUGAGCUGAGUAAGGAUGGAGAGUCCUGGACUGGUCUAUGGGAUGGACGGAGACGAAGAGAAUGGAAACCGAGACAAGGAGAAUGGAAAUGGGUCGACGGAUCACCGCUGACAGAAACGUUCUGGGCAUCAGGACUGCCUCAUGAUGACAGGUACAUGAUCGCUGCAACAUGCUGCGAUCAACAAGGAAAAUGGACACAAGGAAGAUGUGAUCAUGAAACUAAGAAGUGGAUCUGUGAGAAAAAGAUUCUCGGAUCUCUGUGA